UAGAGUCGCGCGGCUUGUAAACACGCGAGCAGCCUCCGCGUCGCGCCUGACUCAUCGUCGCGGACGCGGUAAAUACCUGUGACCUACGCGUUGUGGGACUAUACGCUACAAUCUAUUUGCAAAAAAUAUAAGGCUCUAUUAGGAAACCGGCGCUGACGCAACGCGCGGGGAAAUAUCUUGAAUAAUUAAAGCAAUCAGCUGAUAUUGACAGAGCGCGAAAACACGUGUCUGAGAUCCGUUUCUUGGAACUUUAAUGAUUAAAGUUAUUUAACCCAAAAGUUAAGUUCGUGACUCAUUAUAAAAUGACGAAAGUUAAGUUGAAAGAGAAGUACUCAAGGUUCGGUUUAAUAUCAUCCAGUAAAUGUUAAAUUAAGGAAACAUUUAUGUAAAUAAACUGUGCUGUUUAACUUAUCAAUUUGUGAUAAAUUAAUGAACAAAAAUUUUUGACGUCCUCGUAAUUAGUAACUAAAUGAUCUCUCGAAUAUUGUGAUUCAAGUUUGUCAAAUAAGCAGAAGUGCCGACGAACAAUAAAGAGGAAAAAUUGUUGGAUCAAAGCCAAACGUGAAUAAAUGAGACAUGUUUUUAUGUUUCAAACAAUAAAUUAGUCACCAGGUUAAAGGACAAACGAAGAAAGUGGUAAAAACCGACAUUAAGGUGCAUUUGCACUGCGCAACUGAAUACUUAAUGUAGCAAGUGUACCAGCGCAUGCACCUGUCAUGUUAUACAAGUUAUAAUUUCAUACGAUUAUACAUUUACUACCAAACUUUAUCACUACCAAAACUAUAUGAUAAUCUUUGAAAAAAUCAAUCAGAGAGUAUAUAAGAAGAGAACAUAGUGACGUUCACGAUACGUUGGUAGUAACAAGCACCAGAUACUUCGAGAGUGUAAGGAAUGUGGGUGUAAGAUGCACUUACCGUACGAGUCCAGAGGCCGUCGGCGGCGAGAGAUGCCAGACAUGGAGCCGUGGUGGUUGCAGUCCAUCAUCGAAGAGACACUCGGAGAGCAUCCUGAUCUUGUUCGCACGGGCAGUCCAGACUACAUGUGUUCCAUGCUACCGCAGCACUGGCGCUCGAACAAGACGCUCCCGGGCGGCUUCAAGGUGGUAGCCCUGGGUGAUAUCAUGGAUGGCACGCAAGUCACCGUCAGGGCUGGCAACGAUGAGAACUGCUCAGCCGAACUCAGGAACAACACGGCGGUGAUGAAGAACAGAGUGGCGAAGUUCAAUGACUUGAGGUUCGUCGGGAGGAGCGGGAGAGGUAAAAGCUUUUCGUUAACAAUCACAAUAUCAACAUCGCCGCCUCAAGUAGCCACGUACCAAAAAGCGAUCAAGGUGACCGUCGACGGACCGCGGGAGCCACGCUCAAAAACUAGUACAAACGCCUCACCGCAUCAAAUACGAGCAAUAGGAUUCCAAAGACCGUUCAUAGCCGGGACGUCAAUGUCACUCCGGGAUAUAGAAUACAAGUCGUCACCCCGGCUUCGCUCGCUGUCGCACGAGGAAAGAGAGUACAAGACUAAUGCUAACCUGCCCCCUGAAGAGAAUACAGGCAACAUUCUCGGGGCGAGCGAAUGGAACACCGGCUACCCGUCCACGGCGACGGUCUAUCCGAGUUACGCGCCUUUACAACCUCCCUACUACAAGCCUGAUCCUACGAUACAUAUCCCCACGGGUAAAGAGUAG